CAAUAAUUUCAAAGUAAUUUACCCACACACUCAAAAAGGAUUAGAAGACUAAUACUUUUCUUAAAUACCCCAUUAUGAAAAACAUAAUUUUAAAGUGUCUAUUUUUUAUGUGAGAGUUGAGAGGAAGCAGAGGAUAGACAAAGAGGAAAAAAAGGAAAAUUACCAGACAAGAGUUCUUUCUUCUCUGGCUGCUUCUUUUUCCUCUCUCUCUCUUUCUAAAUUUCUUUUGAGAAAAUCUAGAAGAGGGAAAGCUACAAAAAUCUCAGAACCGAGGUACGAGUUUUGGUUGUUGAACCUGUUCUUCAUCCUUGGUGCUACAGAGCAAUCAUGCUAACUUGCUCCUGCUUCCCAAAUCUUAGCCAUCAAUCACAGUAAGCAAAGUAAUGUUCGAGAAAUGGGGAAGAAAGGAAGUUGGUUUUCUGCAAUCAAAAGAGUUUUUACUCCACAGUCCAAAGAGAAGCUAGGCAAUGAAGCAGAGAGAAAGAGUGAAAAAGAAAAGAGGAAGAAAAGGUUUGGGAAGCUAAGGCAUGGAGAGACCAAUUCAUUCCUUCCCAUCUUCAGAGAGCCUAGUAGUAUCGAGAAGAUCUUGGGGGAGGCUGAGAGAGAUCACAAUCUUGUUUUCAGGCCUCCUACUCCUGAUCGAUCAAACCCAUCCUCAGCCUCUCCUCCUCCUCCUCUGAGACCUGCUUCUCCUCGGGAUCCUCCUCCUAGACCAACUUCUCCAAGAGUUGCCUCACCACAAGCCGCUUCUCAAAAACCGGCUUCUCCAAGAGCAGACCUUCCAAGAAAGGAAUCUCCAAGAUCCCUUUCGCCAAAGCUCUCUGAUCGAUCAAAGCCAUCAUCAGCCUCUGCCAAUGCUCCUCCGCCUCUAAGGCCUGCUUCUACUAGAGUUCCUUCUCAGAGAAUUUCCCCUCCCAUUGUUCCUUCUCCAAGACCAACUUCACCAAGAGUUGCCUCCCCAAAAGCCGUUCCUCCAAAGCCGCCUUCUCCAAGAGCAGACCCACUAAGAUUGGAUACUCCAAGACCACCUUCGCCAAAGCCUCCUUCCCCAAGGGAUGCUUCUCCAAGAACAGACACAUCAAGGUUGAAUACACCAAGACCUCCUUCUCCAAGAGAAGCUUCUCCAAGAGCAGACCCACCAAAGUUGGAUACUCCAAGACCUCCUUCCCCAAAGCCUCCUUCUCCAAGAGCAGAACCACCAAGAUUGGAUGCUCCAAGACCUACAACGCCUAAGCCCCCUUCUCCAAGAGCGGUUUCGCCUAGGGCAGUGCAGCGACGGGAGAUUGUGUAUAGACCAGAGCCAACUCUCCUGGUCCAACAUGCUUCUGCAACAAAGAUUCAAGCAGCUUUCAGAGGUUACGUGGCAAGGAGGAGUUUCAGAGCUCUGAAAGGUCUAGUCAGGCUUCAAGGUGUGGUGAGAGGAUACAGCGUGAAGCGGCAGACAAUAAAUGCAAUGAAGUACAUGCAACAAUUGGUCCGUGUUCAAUCCCAGAUUCAGUCACGCCGCAUGAAAAUGUUGGAUAACCAAGCUCAGGUUGAGAAAGAUGAAGCAAAAUGGGCCGCUUCUGAAGCUGGUAACGAUAAUUGGGAUGACAGUGUACUGACAAAAGAAGAAAGGGAUGCAAGAUCACAGAGGAAGAUUGAUGCGAUCAUCAAGAGAGAAAGAUCCAUGGCAUACGCUUAUUCUCACAAGUUGUGGAAAAACGGUCCCAGGUCUACUCAGGACAUUCGUACUUCAGGUGGGCUCCCUCUAUGGUGGAACUGGGUGGAUCGACAACAUCCUCUUGCUAGUCCUGUACCGAGCCAUAGCCAACCACUAAGAGAUUACAGGCUAACACCAACAAGACUGAGCUCAAGCCCUCUGUCUCAGUCAAGCAACCAACACCAUUUCAGGCAUGACAACAACUUAGACACUUCCACACCCAAAUCGUCGAGGUCUACACUUCUCACUCCAUCCAGACCCAUCCGCACAAGCACAUCAAGAUACUCUAGAGGAAGACUAAGAGGUCAAGAUUCUCCUUUCAGAGACAAUGACAGCCUCACAAGCUGCCCUCCAUUCCCGAGCUACAUGGCUCCAACAGUCUCCGCCAAGGCAAAAGUUAGACCAAACAGCAAUCCAAAGGAGAGAGUGAUGGGUACACCAUCGGUCAGUAGCGAGAAGAGGAGGUCGUCGUUUCCUCCAGAGCAACAAGGUCUCGAUAUGUUUAGAUGGAACAAAGGGUCAUUGCUCAUGAGCAACAGCAGCAGUCAUAGAGGUCCUGGUUCACCUGGAGGUGUGGUUCUUGAGAAGCACAAGACACUUAAAUCAGUAGGAAAUUUGAGCAUUGAUUCCACUGUCUCAAUGCCAGCCACAGUUGGUAGGAAACCGUUUAACAGAUAUGUGUGAUUUCUUUUAAUGGAACUUUUUCUUUCUUUUUUUUGGUUGCUUUUGCUUCAUUUGUGGGUGGUGUUGAUUUUGAUUGCUGUUGUAUGGAUUAUGAAUUGACGGAUGUAACAUAAUAAAAGGAAAAACAAGGACAGGAUUUGGUUUGAAGUA